UACCGGUGCCAACAGUGCCAUGGCUACCAGCUCUGUCAGAGCUGCUUCUGGCGCGGCCACGCCAACGGCCCCCAUAGUAACCAACACCAAAUGAAGGAGCACUCGUCCUGGAAGUCUCCGGCCAAAAAGCUGAGCCACGCAAUCAGUAAAUCUCUGGGCUGCGUCCCCAUCGGAGAGCCGCCGCACCCCGUGUUCCCCGAGCAGGCCGAGAGACCUCAGGAGCUCCCCCACACCGUUCAGCCGAAAGCGGCGACCGUCAACAUGAACGACACAUUGCUCAUGACCUCUGGGGCACCCACUCCUACCAAAAGCGUCUUGGAGAGUCCCAGCCGGUUGGAUGAAGAGCACCGGCUCAUCGCGCGAUACGCCGCGCGCCUGGCAGCUGAGGCCGGCAAUUCAGCACAACAGUGUCCUCCAACAGAUCUGAGUUUCAACUUUGACGCCAACAAGCAACAGAGACAGCUGAUUGCAGAGCUGGAGAACAAAAACAGGGAGAUCCUGCAGGAGAUCCAGCGGCUCCGUUUGGAGCAUGAACAGGCCUCCCAGCCCACUCCGGAAAAGGCCCAGCAGAACCCCACGCUGCUGACUGAGCUGCGACUCCUCAGACACAGGAAGGACGAGCUGGAGAGACGCAUGUCGGCCUUGCAGGAGAGCAGGCGGGAGCUGAUGGUCCAACUGGAGGGUCUGAUGAGGCUGCUGAAGGAUGAGGAGCAGAAGCAGGCUUCCCAGUCUGGAGGCUCUCCUCAUUCUUCUCCCAGCCACGGUGCCGGCUGCUCCAUGCCGAUGCCCAUUCGCUCCACCUCGGCCGGGUCCACCCCGACUCACACGCCGCAGGACUGCCUGGCAGGCGUGGGAGGAGACGUGCUGGAGGCCUUCGCUCAGGGUGUACCGAGAAACCUUCGGAACGAUCUUUUAGUUGCUGCUGACUCAAUCACAAACACCAUGUCGUCGCUGGUGAAAGAGCUCCACUCAGUGGAUGACGUGGGAGAGGACGAUGAGACCCACAUGAGGAACGGGGGAGACAGAGGCACAGUGAGACUACAAAAGCACUGAGGGGAAGAGAUCCCUAUCCCCGCCUGCAAGGACAUCCCGUCAUCAGCUGGGAAGACUCGGCGUCAGCAGGAGGCCCCUGGCAUUAGCACGUAGAGUAAUGCAUGCGUCUAACCCUGAAAAAGGAUUUCACUAUGUGAAGUUACAAAAAAGAGAAAAAUCUUCGCACCUUUUGCGCCUCGCAAGAUGUGUCUAAUUAGCAAGUGUGUCUGUUGUCCUGUAAAAAAAAAAAAAAAAAAUUGUAAAAUUACUCGAACAGUUUCCCUCCUGACUGCAAGGGAAUGUCUUGCUGUGCUUUUUUUUCUCCCCCUUCCCAUUCCAGCAGAUCGUCCUGUACAUAAGCUGCUGUGAGCACACUCACCAAGGAGACGUCCCGACGCCACCUGUUCUUGGUCACGCCAUUUUUUGUUUUUUGUUUGGAGUGGUUUACGUUUAUCUCCGACGUUUCCUUUCCUUUUCGGGUUUCGCACGAAGUUGCACUCGUGUCUGGAUUUAGGUGCUGUAACUGUGCCGCACAAUGCUACGCCAGGCCUCUGUUAGUCUGUGAAGACAUGCUACGGUGUCGGAAGUGUCCUCCAAAUCCACGCCGGUUGUGUUGACGUGCACGGCAAAAUUCUGUGAGAAGAAGCUCGAGGAGACUCAAACUCAUUUUGGUGCAUUUAUUAUUUAGUUUUUUUUUUUACAUACUUUUGGAAUUUGCUUUACUGUCAUGAGUUAUGUGAUGGAAAGAGCCAGCCGGAGGAGUACUCAAACUCCCUGCUCACGGUUCCCACACCAGCAGAAUGUGCCCAGGAGCUCCUUGAAUUCCCCUCACAGCAGAUAUCUUAAGGCACGCUUUGACAAUGAAAGCAGGAACCUUUUUUUUUUUUUUUUCCCCUCUGAAGGUUAAUUUGUGGAGCGGGCGACAGCAGAGUCCACCGAGAUUUACCUCAGCAGCUGAGCGAGGGGG